AGGAACGGAGCCCAUCGAACUAGGUAAAUAAUAGUAUGACAAAAAAUUGUCGUCUUCAUGAUAGAAAAUGCAACACAACCAAAAGAAGACCAAAAAAAUAACAGUCAGCGGGGUUUUGAACUGGUGCUGAAAGGAUCGAUAUGUAUUACAAAGAAAACAAAACCAAACAUCAAUCCGGCUAAAUUUUGAGGACUUAGGGUUUGAAAUUGUUAAGGUUAAAGAUAUCCUCUGUAGAUUUCUGUCAAAUUAGGGUUUGAAAUUAACAAAGAAGAAACUAAAAAAAUUCGAAAUCCUUCGGCCUUCCAUGGCGCAAGCAGUAGAAGAUUGGUACAAGCAAAUGCCUGUGAUUACGCGCUCUUAUCUCACAGCAGCAAUCGUCACUACCGUUGGAUGCUCCCUUGAUAUAAUAUCACCCUAUCAUCUUUAUUUAAAUCCUACUCGAGUUUUCAAGCACUAUGAGCUCUGGCGUUUUAUCACAAAUUUCUUCUACUUUGGAAAAAUGGAUUUGGACUUCCUAUUCCACAUGUUCUUUUUGGCCCGAUACUGCAAACUCCUUGAAGAGAACUCUUUCAGGGGAAAAACAGCAGACUUCUUUUACAUGCUCUUCUUUGGAGCCACCAUCUUAACUAUUGUUGUUUUGGCAGGCGGCAUGAUUCCAUAUCUUUCAGAGUCUUUUGCCAAACUCUUAUUUCUCAGCAACUCUUUGACAUUUAUGAUGGUUUAUGUAUGGAGCAAACGUAAUCCUUUUGUCCACAUGAGCUUCCUUGGGCUUUUUACAUUUACUGCACCCUACUUACCAUGGGUGCUUCUUGGCUUCUCCGUACUUGUCGGCAGCAGCCCAUGGGUUGACCUUUUGGGUAUGGUUGCUGGUCAUGCAUACUAUUUUCUUGAAGAUGUUUAUCCUAAUAUGACUGGUCGCCGGCUGCUAAAAACGCCUGCAUUGAUCAAGUCAUUGUUCCCUGAGGAAAAUAUUGUGGUUCCACCACCAAACGUAAGAAUGCCUGCACAGGGGCUUCAGAGAGAUUGAUUUCAGUGAAUGAGCAAGGGUUAUAGGGGCUUCACAGAGAUUGAUUUCAGCGAGUGACCAAGGGCUAUAUACAUUUUAAGAUUUCUGUAUAUUUUAAACUCCAUCUGGAUGAAUACCAUUUUGUUGCAGCCUUUGGGGUUUGAAUUCCUCGUGGCAGAAUCAGGGAGAGCCCUUGAGAGUGCAAGUUUUUGAAAGGAAAUUGUUUGAUAAUUAAUUUUUAUUCACCAAAGAGGGCAGGCGCGAACAUGAUAAGUGUAAUGAAUAACUUUAUUUUGAUAGUUUGGUGGGUGUUGAUUUCUAUCUUUA